UCAUUUCGUGCUUCCGGCGAAAUCCUUCUCACUAUAAUGACCUUCAGCACAGAUGUUCUACUGCCGCCAUUAUUGCCAGUCACUGAUGAUGACCAUGGGGCUUGGGUUAUUACAGUGAGCACUAUUCUACUCAUCAUCACUACCCUUGCAACCACAGUGACCUUGAUUUCUCGCUUCCGCAAUUUGCGCAAACUAUCCUGGAGUGACUCAACAGUGUUCUUUAGCUGUAUUUUGUUCAUUCCGCAGACCACAUGUAUCAAUAUCGCGAGUUCCCACGGCAUUGGGAAACAUCGAUUUGCGCUGAAUGACGCCUCAUAUGAGAUAUACUGCAAGGCUCUCUAUGCAAGUCACCUCCUUGCUGUUCUCGUUGUGGGAUCCUCAAAGGCUGCAGUCGUACUUCUGGUGCUAUCCUUGAAACCGUUCAAAAAGACCACUCUCGCGUGCAAGCUUAUUCUGGGCUUGAUCGGUACGUGGAUGCUGGCUACAUUAUUUGCGCUCGGGUUUCAGUGUGAUCUCCCCCGACCAUGGUACUCUCAACCGGAGCGAUGUUUGAACCAAGAAGCUCUAUACAUCACAUUUUGGGGCCUACACAUGCUAUUAGAUGUGAUAAUAAUUGGACUACCGGUUACACUUUUACAUCAAGUUCAAAUAAUGAAGUGGAAGCGCCACCAGAUAUCCGCUCUAUUUGGGAUGCGUGUCCUUGUUCUAGCUUUAAGUAUUGUCGGUCUGCAAUCGCUUCAACCUUUCCAUCGAUCUGAAACUCAAGACCAGACGUGGGACGUCCUAAUGCCGGUGAUUUGGCUACAACUCACUCUCAGUGCAUCCAUCAUCUGCACAUGUAUACCAACCCUCAAACGUGUCCUCGCCGAUCUCCAAACAGGCAUGAUGGCUGGGAUUGUCACAGACUGCUUCGAGCAGUCUAUUUCCAGCCGCAGUAAUGAAGGAGAUCGGACGGCAUCCAGAAUUAAUGACAGUAUGGAACAAAAGUUAGAAUCAGGACCAGGAUCAGCGUUGCAUAAUUCUUUUCGAACAGAUCUGGAAUGCAGAGAUAGCCAGAAGAUCCUUCGUGAGAAUGCUUACGUGCAAAGCGUCGAUUUUGAAGCUUAUUAUGAAAACGUGGGGUCCACCAGAGCUUCAUCGUCCAGUCAUUAUGAGAUGGAUGUUCUGAGUACUCGCUUACUUCACUCUGGCGGCAACCGAGCUUAG